AUGAAUUCUACGAGCUUUUUUGACCAGCUUCAGGAUAUACAAUAUGCUUAUAAUUUCACAAGUUUUUUGAUGUUGUUGCCAAUUCCUUGUUUUUUGAUAGUCAAUGUUUUAAUCACACCAUUUUACAUGUUUGUCUAUAAGCAGAACAUCAAACGUGAUGAGAAGAUGCCUAUAUUUCCACUUAUGAACCACUUCUACAAAAUGACUCGGACAACUACUGUGAUAAUAUUGUUUAUCAUACUUGGCCUGUUUAUGUGCUUUUUCACACAGUCAAAGAAUCGCAUUUUUGCAUUAGCGUCACUUUUCCCGGUUUUACUAUUAAUGGAAUCACUUGUUAUUCUGACUCAAGUUUAUCAUUGGUUGAUAUUCCUUCUCGCUGCCGAGCGAGCCAUCAUCUAUUUUUUUCCAUCGUCGGAAAAACGAGUUUUGUCGAUUCUCAAGUCAAUUCACGCAAAUAUCCAUUACAUUUAUAUUUAUCACCUACUCAUAAUUUUAAUGCUUAAAAUUGGAUUUCGUCGUGGGAGGAUGUUCAAAAACGCUUAUUGGUACAACCCUGAGCUCCUUUUUUGGAGUUGGCAUAUGUUGGGCUACAUCUUACUAAUCAUUUCCGCACUCCUCUAUCUUCCCAUUAUGAUAAGUGUUCGGAAACUUUCACAUCUGGCUUCGGCGCAAGAGAAUAAGCCGCAAAAGUACAUCUUCUGGCAGACGAUGAUUGUUGUUAUUUUUCAAUUGAUCUCACUGGUUCAAUCCCUUACUUUGGUACUAAUAAAUAAGGAAACAGAAGAGAUCGAUAUGGUUUUACUGACUUUCACGAUGAUGAUAAUGGAUACAGCAUAUGCCCCUUUGAUCAUUCAGACUUGCUAUUUGGGAUGUAACAAACGGAAUGUCAAAAUGCUAGUCACGUCAAGAAACUUGAAAAAGCUGGUGAUAGUCGUUUGUGAUUCAAACGAUUCAGCCGUUCAUGCAACUGUAUGUAACAGUUAUUUUCAUUAUGUUAUAUGUAUUUCAGACUGGCCGUCUGGAAAGCAUUUAAAGUCCCGUAAACCGGACCUAAAACGGGAGUUCUACUGA